AUGAUUGAUUCCACGGCGGCUGCUCCCUCGGUGGGCGGCACCCGGCCCUUCAGGGGGACGCUGCCACGCCCAGCCAUGGCCUGCCAUGCCAAGAAGGGCACUCCAGAAGCCCCCGCUUCUCGCAGGGCCAACAUUGCCCAGCAUGGGCCCCAGCUUGUCCCGGGGAUUUGCGAUUCGUUCGAUGGGCGACGAUGGAACGAGGAUCGAGACAGUCAAGACCGCGGCAACCAUUCCCUCAUGGGCAGUCAAGGCGAUGGUUAG